GCUUCUUUAUGCGGCUCAACCUACCACUUGGAAAAUGUGGAUUGCGGGAAGAUGUUUAAUGUGAAUUGUGUAAUUUCUAAAAAAAUGAACGAAAUAAAUAAAUUAAAUAUUAUUUUGUAUCUACAGUACGCUGAGAUUAUUUAAUUGGCUGUGUACAAUACCGUGAAAUAAUACAUUCGCAAGUAGUUCAGUAAAAUAAAAAAGAUUAAAAAUUCUGAACCACAAGUGAAUGAGAUAAAAAGUUCAAGUUUGAUAAAUAUUAUUUUAUAGAAAAAUAGUGCACAUUAAAGCCAAAUACAUAAUUUUUAAAUCUGGCUGCUUAGUCAAUAUCUGUUAACCUAGGUGAUCACUUUUGUCAGCCAAACAGCACAUAGAACUUUUAAUAAAUUGAUCGGUCUUCAAACAAAAGAAAAACAACAAUGAAGCUUAGUGUGGAUAAGGAGUUAUUGCCUAUGAAGGCGCAUUAUUUUCUUUUCAAUGCUGGAACUGCGCCAGUUGUACCAUUUAUGCCAACUUUGGCCCGACAAUUAGGGUUUUCUGAAGUAGUUAUCGGAACAAUAUAUAUGAUCUUGCCAAUAGUUGGAAUGUUAGCAAAGCCAUUUUUUGGAUUUAUUGCAGAUCGUUAUCAACGUCACCGCAUGCUCUUUCUUUGCGCAGAGGUGCUGACAGCAAUAGCAUUCUUUCUUAUAAUGUUCAUUCCAGCUAUUCCACAGCCUACGCCAACAAUACAGUUUCAUUGCAAUUCUGGUUACUCCAUUUUAAGACACUGUUCCGAUCAAUACAACUGUGUUGAGGCUAAUUUAGAAUCAAAAUAUGCCAACCAAACUCUAACGUGCAAUAUGCACUGCGAAGCUAAGCCACAAGUGUGGGAUAUAGUAUGCGAAAACUGGCUACACAACGAUACGAACUGCAUAAAAAAUCGAACUAAUGAAUAUUUAGAUUUUAUAACAUUUUUAAAUAUGAAUGAUAUCAUGCAGCAGGAAAAAGAAAAAUGUAUUUUAUUCACAUUAAAAAAGGACCAGGGUCAAAUAAAUGGACAAAAUGUAACUUUGUACUGUCCAAAGGAACCACAAUUCUUUAAUUCAACUUGCACAAUAGAUUGCGGUGAGGAAUACUUUUCAAGUCAACUUUCAAAUGCUCCAGUUAUAGAAAACAGUCAAGCUAUGCGGUUGUAUCAAUUCUGGUUUCUAUUUAUUCUACUAAUAUUAAGUUGGAUUGGAAUGGCAGUUGUUGUAAGCAUUGGCGAUGCUAUUUGUUUUUCUAUUCUUGGAGAACGUCAACACUUAUAUGGGAAUCAAAGACUUUACGGUUCAAUCGGUUGGGGUGUGUUUUCCAUUAUAGCUGGUUUGUUAGUGGAUCAAAUGUCUCAUGGCAGUGUUACGAAAGAUUAUACAAUAGUUUUCUGGAUGACAGCAAUUAUAAUUGGAUUUGAUGUAUUUGCUUCAACGAAGUUAAAGCAUACACAAACACAUCUUUCGGCAAAUAUAUUAAAAGAUGUAGGUGCAAUGUUUCUUUCAAUACGGUGUGUUGUGUUCUUUCUAUGGUGCAUCUUUAUUGGACUUUGUACUGCACUUAUUUGGAAUUUUCUCUUUUUGUAUUUGGAAGAUCUUGCAACAGGUUGCCAAAAUUCUAUGAAAACAUUGCAAGGCUUUGCUAUGGGUAUACAAUGUUUUGGCGGAGAAUUGCCUUUCUUUUUUCUUUCUGGUUGGAUAUUAAAAAAAAUUGGCCAUGUUAAUGCUAUGAGUUUAGUGCUUUUUGGCUUUGGAGUACGUUUUAUACUUUACUCAAUGUUGGAAGAUGCGUGGUAUGUCUUACCAAUCGAACUAUUAAACGGUGUUACCUUUGGUGUAUUUUAUUCAACAAUGGCAUCAUAUGCGAGUAUAGUAGCACCACCAGGAACUGAAGCAACAAUGCAAAGUUUGGUUGGUGCUAUAUUUGAAGGCAUUGGAGUGUCAAUGGGAAGCCUAAUCGGUGGCAUAUUGUACAGUACUGUAGGCGGAGGACAUAUGUAUGCCAUUUUUGGAACCGGUGCGUUUGUUGCUUUUGUAGUACAUGUUUGUGUACAAAUGUAUUUGCAAAGGAACGGCAACAGUUUUUCUGGUACAGAAAAUGGAGCUGUAAAAUAUUUAGCUCCGACUGAUGCAAUGCAUAUGUUAAAUGAACAGGAAUAUAGUAUUGUAUCCUAGAGGCUUGUCUUGUCACAAAUUGGAACGUACACUCAUGCACGACCUUACUGAUUUGCUGAGAUUAUCAAAUUUUUCUUUGUGAUUUGGAAAUAUGCUGUGAAUUGAAUGUUUCAAUUAUUAUAUAUUGAAUUUAAACAAAUAGUAUUUAA